AUGAAUAUGAUUCUCGGGGGCGGAAAGGCAUUGGUAGCAGGCAUAUCUCUCAAGGUUGGAGCCAUUCUGGGCCGCCUGAUGGGGAUAAUGGUGGAGCAGUUAGUAGUGACGCAGAUGUCACACUCUCUCUUUUACCAUCGGCUCUGUAAGCCCGGCCAUCCCUGCAUCGAUACCGGCCUCUAUGCGGUGGUUGGCGCCGCUGCCUGCCUGGGAGGAGUCACUCGUGCCACUGUUUCUCUUGUCGUCAUCAUGAUUGAAAUCAUUGGCGGACUGAGUUACAGCAUCCCUAUAAUGGUGGCGUCCAUGUUUGCCAAGUGGACAGGCGACCGGUUGUAUAAGGGCAGCCUAUACGACGUACAAAUCCGGUUGAACAACUAUCCCUACCUCCAAUUUGAUAAAACCUCCAACAAGAUGGCUGAUUCUUUCGCUUCCGACAUCAUGCAUCCCAGGUAA